AUGAAUUAUACAGCAUCAGGUGACGCCGGGAGUCCGUGCGAAAGUUCACUAGAAUCAGAGAGGGUCCGCUCGUCGCGCAGAGAGUCCGCCUCUAGCCCACUACACGUGUUCUCUAUAGGGAACGACUCGCUCCUGUUCGAGAUAUGGUUGGAAUGCGCCACCGGUACAUUAGUGUUCCGAGUGUCUCGGCCCGAGGCGGGGUCGGGGGCGGGGGCGGGCAGCGAGGGGCGGGUGGAGGGGGCGGUGGGCGCGUGCCGCUGGACGCAGCUCGCGCUCAACGUGCACGAGCGCGUGCUGCGCCGCCGGAUACACGUGCAGGUCACGCUGUUUGUCGACGGAUACGAGUGUGAAACUGUCUCUCUACCUUUACAAGGCGAGUAUUUGUUAAACUAUGAAAAAAUCAAAAGCAUUCUAGCUCGCAAAGUAACACCGACGAACGUCCUGAUCGGCGACACGAUAGAGUCGGGGGCGGGGGCGGGGGCGGGCUCGUACUCGCUGUCGAGCGUGCGCGUGUACCGCGCCCCCAGACUCAACAGGCAUCUCGCGCUACAUCUGGCCGCGCACUCGCCCUCGCACGCCUGCCACGUGCGCUGUGAAUAUCCCAAUUAUCCUUCCGUGUUGACACCGAAAAUUUUAGACUCAAAUAUUGACUGGGAUCAAGUAUACGACAUGCCCAGUAACGUGUUGCGAGAGUUCCAUGACAGUGCGUUGCUGUCGUUCUCAGCUCACGCGCCACAUAUCAUUAAUCUGUAUCAACACUCUACGCUCGCUAUGUCCGCAGUUUUCGGCGGUCGGGGCGGCGGGGCCGGGGGUGGGAUGCCGGAAGCGAUACGUACGCGGUGGGCGGGGUCAGCUAACUUACGCCAAAAUAAAGGAUUCUACGCCGCUUUAAACGCACUCGGGGGCGCUCCACAUAUGCUGUAUCUGUUCGCUAGGGUCGUGGAGCUAGAGAGCUCGGACGCGCAGCAGGCGGCAGCGCUGCGGGCGGCGCUGCGCGCGGCCGGCGACGGGCGCGUGUACCGCGCGCUGUACGGCGCGCCGCCGCUGCACAUGCUGCACGCCGCGCUGGCCGCCGACCGCUGCCGGCCCACGCACCGCAUGCUGCAGGUGAUCCUGGAGGAAGCUUGCAGCGCGCCGGUUCUGUGCGGGGGCGGAGGCGGGGCGCUCACGGUCCUGAGGAACUCCGCUGCGGUGGUGGAGCCGGAGCUCCUGGCGCUCGUCAUGCACGCCUGGAAAUGCUUCGACAAAAACAAGGACGUGGAAUGGGAAGUGGAGGGCGCGCCGGGCGUGCGACGCGGCUCGGCGUGGGAGCUCGCGCUGGAGUGUUGCGGCGCGCUGCUGCGGCCCUCGCACCCGCGCUGGAGGUACAACCACCGCCAGCUGGCGCGCUCCCAUCUGCUCGCUGACCUGCUGCGCGCGUGCAAGGAGCGGUUCCUGAACAGCUCGAGCGGGUCGCUGAGCGCGAGCGGCAGCGCCGCGCUGGUGUCGCUCGCCCGCGCGCUGCUGGGGGCUCCGCCGCUGCUGUACCACCUCGCGCUGCUGGCAGACUUCCUGCUGCUGAUGCACCAGGCUAGUGACACGUUCGUGACGCACUCCCGAGCCAACUUCUACUUCCUGUUGACUCCUGAAACUCAAGAAUCGAGCAAAUUUAAUGAGUGGAAAAAGAAAUCCUCCAUUAAACGCAAAGCGAAAGAAAAAAGCGCGUCUCCGGAGGAGCCAGACGAUAAUGUAUCCAAUGUUUUGCCUGAUUUGGUUCAAACUCACGAAUCUGACGAGCAUACAGAUCAAGAAACCAGCGUAGAUAACACCAAACAAAUGAAAGGCAUCAUAAACUCACAAAUUAAAGAGAGCGGUAAGAGCACGAAUCCUACAUCCACUACCGAGAGUGCUGAACUAACUGUCGAGCGGGCGGGGGGCGAGGAGGGUGCGGGGGGAGAGGAGGGCGCGGGGGGCGAGGAGAGCGCCGAGGACGACGACCUCAACGAGUACAUUGUUGUAGAUCACGAGGACGUCACGCACACCACCGUCGACCUCUACCCCGGCGGGAUAUACCACCAGAGAGUGUGGCACGAUACCGUCCUUGAUGGUGGUCGAGGUGUGUGCAGGAUGUGGAAGGAAAAAACAGAGAUAGCAGGGCAGCAGCAGCAGGAUAGGAAGGCAGAGUGA